GCAUGCGAAUUGUCGGGUCCCAGUUGGCAAAGGUAGCUUGUGCACAAGUGUAUAUCCUUGAUUCAGGACGUUACUCGGAGGAAAUACUGGACAACCAGUUGUUUGAAGGUGUACUUCUACGGAUACGAGUCUUCUAUUCAAAGCAGGAGCAAAAUGGCAGAAUCACACUUUUUGAAAACACGGUCAAAGAUAUCUUAUUCAAGACAGAUGACAGAAAAUAUAUUAGAUCAUCAGAGAGUGAUGAGAAGUGCAGGUGACAAAAGGAUGAGAUGCCACCCCGUGAUAACUUACAGUGACAAAAGUUCCAGUGAUGGCAGUUAUGGCAGCUAUGACAGUGACAAUGAUAUAAAAAGAGGAAGAGAAAGUAAAUCCAGAAAGCUCUCAGUUGUUGCCGAAAAGAGGACAGACGAUGGCCACCUUACAUUCAUGGGUCCUCCCCUAAAACCUCUGGACUUGGUUGAACAACGUGUGGCGACACUCAACCCAUUCAUGCCAGCUGUGUUUAACUUUCCCAAGGUUAAAGAUUCUGCUCAAGCCCAAAAGUUGGAACAUACUUCACAGAAUCUUGCUACAGAACUUGGUCUCACGGAAGCAGAUCGUCAGCCUCCUGGCGUUCAGAACACAAAGAUCUUCCUCAGUGAAGAAACAGUUCCAUUGCUGUGUGUUGUAUUUUGUACUGACAAAUCACAAGCUGACAAGAAUCGUACUGCGGCUGAUGCCAAGGACUAUGCCAGGUCGCUGGCCCGGGAACUCACACACAAAAUGAGAGAUUUUACAGACGAAUCUUUCAACUUUCUCUGCACGGUGGUGGACGUGGCUGAGUCAACAAAAAUCAACUGGACACAGAUGUCUGUCACGUUGCUUCAGGAGAAUGGACACCUCUACCCAUAUGAAAGAAUGACUAUGUACCAAAGAAAGUUCCAGAACCUCAAGAAAAGCCUACAUUUUGUGAUGUCGGCCACAAGCGUUCCCUUCUACACUCGGAACGGUAUGCCAGCAUGGUCAAAGCAAGACGAUCCUGACAACGUUCCAAUCUAUCAACUGACACAGAAACAGCUGGGGUUCAUGCGAGACCUUCUGAAGAAAGACAAGCCUUGUUUCAUAACCGGCAAGCCAGGAAGUGGGAAGACAGUCAUGGCAGUGGAAAUUGCAAGACGUCUGAACCAGGAUGGCGGCGCCCUGUUGAUCUGUCAUGAUCUCACUCUCAAAGACAAACUUGCGAGGAUGUCAUGUUUGAAGGAUAUCAGAACAUGCCCAGGUGACUUGUCACAGACAGGAUGUAAACACAUCAUAGCAGUGAAAGUCCCAGAGAAGGAUCUCAAGAAGUACAAGGCUGUAGAACCGCGGGUACCAGGAGGCAAGCUGCUUGUUUUCUGCAACUGAGUCAAACGUUUCAGAUGAAGGUUUUAAAUGUCAGAAAGUGGAAUUGGUUAUUUUUAAAGACGAUUCACGAUAUACUCUUGAAUAUGUAUUGAUAGGUGAGGAUCCUCCAUUCCGUGUCCCAAGUGAUGACAGAAUCAUUUCUCAAGCAAAUCGUGCUUGACUGUGUUGAUUUUUCCAUCACAUGGGAUACAUACUUCAAAGAUUCAUCAAUAAGUGAUCUUUUUAGCUAUAUCAGCUCUCAUUUAAUUCUUUCUUUUUAAAAAAAUAUAGAAUUGUUUCAUAAAGUUUUAAAUAUAUGUUGUGUAAUUAAUACAUGAUGGUUUUAUGAUUAUUAGUAAGAAAUGUGAAAACAGAUUCUUAGUACCUGUUCCCUCGAAGGGGGUUGGAAGUGGUGUUAACUGACCGCCCACCGGAGAGUGUAUGUAAGACCACGUCAUUCAAAUUUGUUGUAUUUCUGCCACAUUUUUAAUCGUAGAAUAAGCGUGUGUUUUUAUCUCGACUAAUUUUGUCAAUAAUCGAAGGGAUGAUUUAAAUCCUGGGUCCACGCAGGUGGCAUAUAUUGUGUCGUUGACUGAUAAUAUAUUCCUUUUCAUGUUCUCAACUUGUUUUAAAUCGAAUAUGUGAUAAUCUAUAACGUACUGUCAAUCGACAGGUUUCUAUUCAGUCUGAAUAUAUUUAGGAGAUAAACAAAGUGUGUUUUCAAUGUAGAGCUAGAUUACCUGUAGAUUUAACCGUGCUAAACUGAAUAUGGAACCGUACGUGCAGCGUGGUGUUUCACGCGUUAAAUGAUCGAUUGUUGAUUGCACGACUCCGACACUUCCAUUAGCAUGUGUUUAUGAAUCACUAUCAAAUAGUGAGGAUACCAGUUGUUCCUGCAGAGGUGAGCGUCUUAGAAAUUGACCAUAAAUAAA